AUGUCAGACAGUGACGACGCAGCAGAAAUGCGAGCUAUGCGACAGAGGCAAGCACGCAUACCUGCAAGAGGUCCGAUAAAGCGGCCACACACAGUAGCUGAUGACGAUAUAAUAGAGGACGAAUACGACCACGUGGUCAAGAGGAACGUGCGUAGCAACACAUCCGCAAAUACAGACACACAGAAAAAUCGUAGGCCAAACCUCACAGCUAAGCCAUUAGACCAAGCGGAGAUGGCUAGUUUUGAGUCCAUGAUGGGCUUUAAGAGCUUCGGAGGCGUGCAGGCAAAGCCGCAGAUUGACAUGGGGUUCGGGAACCUGAAGACUAAACUUAAGACAAGUGUGGAUGUUGAACCGGUGGUUCUGGCAGGGAAAACAGGUGAUGUAGUGAAUGCAGAUGGGGUCAGUAACGGUAAGACAGGGCAUAUCACUAUUGAGAAAGAUACAGAAGAUUCUGCGCACGUACCCAGCGGGAAAGGUAUAGAAAAGAAUCCAGUUACGCAUAAGGAAGAUAAGGUCGAAGAGGAUAGAGAUGACUCUUUAGAUGCAGAGGAGGGCGAUGGCGAAGAUGCCUUCCGCUUUCCUGUGACUCACGAAGCCAACAUUGUACAUGGCUCGAAAAGCGUGGUAUCUGUGUCGAUCGAUCAUUCAGGUGCGAGAUUGCUUACAGGAGGCGUGGACUAUGAAGUUAAGAUGUAUGACUUUAAUGGCAUGGACAUGUCCAUGAGUGCAUUCAGAACUAUUGAACCUGUCGAGUCGCAUCCUAUACGAUCUGUACAAUAUAGUGAGUGCGUGAGAGGGGAUCGGUAUAUCAGCGAUACCGCCCACACCAAGGGCCAUAUCAGCUACCUACAUGGGGGUAUGUGGCAUCCGUCCAUCAAGAAUACAUACAUGACGUAUGGCGCGGACGGCACUAUCCGCUUGUGGAAUUCAGAGCUCAGCACUAAGCAGAAGACGGUGAUCAAGAUGCGUGGUCAACAGGGCAGGCGUGCGUGUGUAACCUGCGCCGCGUUCUCGCCAAAUGCCGCACAAUAUAUCGCAGGCACAAGUGAUGAGGGGGGGCUGUACCUGUGGAAAGGUUCCGGACCUUUCUUGCGACCGACGCAGUCGCAGCACAAGGCGCACACCGCCGAGAUUACACACAUGCGCUUCUCCAAAACGUCCAAGCAAAUAGCCACGCGGGGGAAGGACGAUUGUUUACGGCUGUGGGAUGUGACUAAUUUCCGCAAAUGUGUGAACGAAGUAGGAGGCCUGGAGAAUGCCAUAGAAGGUACGCAAUGCGAGUUCAGCCCAGACAACAGCUUGAUCAUCACCGGAACAUCCGUACGGCCGGGCUCGGGCCAGAUGAGCGAAUUGGUGUUUGUGGACAGGGAAACGUUUGACAUUGUGAAACGUCUGGACAUCACCUUAGCGAGCACCAUAAGUGUGCUGUGGCACCCGCGGCUCAAUCAGAUUGUUGUGGGGUGUGCUGAUGGCAAGGUCAAGAUCUUCUUCAGCGAAUCUGGGUCACAGAAGGGUGCCAAGCUCUGCGCGGCGCGCAUCCUGCGCAAACGCAUCCGACAAACCGGCAUGGCCGCCACAGACAAACUGGGUGCAGCAAUCAUCACGCCACAUGCACUGCCUAUGUUCCGAGACGACAACUUUGCGUAUGUUACGCAGAAACAGAAGGACAAGAUGCGCCUAGACCCGGUCAAAACCCAAAUGCCCGAGUUGCCGUUUACGGAGGCGCACGGCGUGGGUGGCCGUGUGGCGCCGAAUCUCACGCAGCAUCUGGUGGGCAACAUCACCAAGGAUACUAUGCGUGAUCAGGAUCCGAGAGAAGCCAUCCUGAAGUUUGCGGAUGAAGCCGAGAAUGGAUUCUUCAUCAGCGAUUCUUACAAGAAGAACCAGCCCACCACCAUACUGGCCGCCACCGUCGAGUCUGAGGAGGAGUCGGAUUAAGUUCUACAUAUUAAGUUCUACAUAUAGAUUGAAUCCAAAAGGAAAUAUGCACAGGUUAGGGCUAUUGCACUGGGUAAGGAGAAGCGCUAUCGGUAUGAUAGUGGGGGCUGUAGACAUCCGGUCGAAAUAUGUUCUAACUCGCGUACCAAUUGGCGUGUCACAAUCACCUCACGGCCUUUAUGGGAACAUCUUCAUUUGUAGCUGGAGGGUGUCAAGGGAGACCCUUCCUAGCAGCUUUUCCAUACAGGAUGGUUGUCAAGGGUGAUGUUUGUACACCUGGGCCAAUAACAGCCGCUGAUAGGUAUCGCACCCAUGUGAAGUCGAAGCAGACGAGAGCUUCUUGGAUUGGCACAGUGUCACGUAUCACUGAAGAUGAUCGGACAAGUGGUGCGUUGGCCGGGCAUAGAGUUCGCACACGUGGCUCCUGCUCCUCCCGUGUCAGUGCGGAGAAGCUGCAAACAUUAAUUUCGUUACAGUGCGAAUGUGUAGUGCGUAUCCAGCGUACACGAUCAUAUCCCCGGAUUUGCACCGACAUUGAGCCUAAACGAGCCCAAGAGUCACGCCCACGCCGUAACCAUGGCAACGACGACUCAUCACCGAGCCGCCACGGAGCAAAAUCAUCCUGUGAAGAAUACUGUAGCCGUUAAUAACUUCACAUACCAGUUUUCGCUUUGGACAUUAAAACGUCCGUGACCAAGUGAUGCAUUAGUAGUUCAU